AUGUUUCCCAACCCCUUGACGUCUACUCCCUUUUCCGUAAAGGACAUUCUGAAUCUGGAGCAGAACCAGGCUGACAUGGCCUCUCUGGAAAUAUCGCCGCGACUCGACACCGCGCUGCCCACCUCCUCGUGCAUGCUGGCCAAGUUCAAGCAGGAGCCGUUCGCCGAGAUGCCACCUGGAGCCUCGCUUUUCGGCGACGAUGUCCAAGAACUCAAGGCCAGCAAAACGUCUUCCCUCAACUUCACGGCUGCCUUUUAUGGAAAGAGUUUCUUGGAAAUGGACAUCAAAGACAAAGCGGACAGCGGGUUCGAAGAAAAGCAAAGAAAAGAGAUCUACUCGCAACCCGAGCCAGGAGAGGAAGAGAAGAGCGAAGACACGGAGCGCCCGAGACAGAGGAAGAGGAGGAAGCCGCGCGUGCUGUUCUCCCAGGCGCAGGUGUACGAGCUGGAAAGGCGCUUCAAACAGCAAAAAUACCUGUCCGCGCCCGAGCGAGAUCACCUGGCCAGCGUGCUGAAACUAACUUCAACGCAGGUGAAGAUCUGGUUCCAAAACCGGCGGUACAAGUGCAAGCGACAGCGGCAGGACCAGACGCUGGAGAUGGUAGGAAUCCCGCCGCCGAGACGCAUCUCGGUCCCGGUUCUGGUUCGGGACGGGAAGCCCUGCUUGGGAGACACGUCCACAUACAGCACGUCCUAUAAUGUGGGCAUCAAUCAUUACACUUACAACACCUACCCGGCCUUCAGCAACUACCCGAGUCCCGGAUGCAACUCUAACUACGCGUGCAGCUACCCCACAGCCACCAUGCAGACCAUCCAGUCUCCCUCCACCGGUGGCAACUACAUGAACUUCGGCGUUGGGGACCUGGGCAACGUCCAGACCCAAUUUCAGUCCGGCAACGGAGUGUCCUCUCUUCACGGAAUCCGAGCGUGGUGA